AUGGGAUUUUCUUUCAGUAAGACGCUCCGCCGCACACUGCCACUGGGUAUCAGCGGCAAUCCUCGUUUCUCUUGUUUGAAUGACCGCUUGAAAAUGCUGGUUUGGUGUUUGGUGUUAACGCUGCUGGGCGCUAGCCUGGGUUGUGAGCUGACUCCAAGAGAAGGCGCCUUCAAUAAGUCCCCCGGGGACAAUUACUAUCGGUUGCUGUUGAAUGGAGAGGUAGAGCGCUACGCCCCGGGGAAAAGAUAUGUUGUGACACUCGUGGGUUCCCGUACACAUGACGUGGUCCAGCAAUUUACGAGGUUUAAACUAGUCGUGGACCCCCUGGACCCAAACGCACCCAGGACACCAAGCAAGCAGGGCCAGUUCCAAUUGUUCGCUGACACCUUGACCAAGUUCGACGAAGAAUGCGUUAACUCCGUAGUGGAAGCUGAUGACUUGCCCAAAACUGAAAUCCAAGUUAUGUGGAAGGCGCCACAAUCGGGCUCCGGAUGUGUGCUUUUGAAAGCUAUGGUGUAUGAAAACGAGAGUCGCUGGUACUCUGAGGACGGUCAGCUGACGAAGCGCGUUUGUGAGGACACCUCCCUGUCUGCACCGGACUGUUGUGCAUGCGACGACGCCAAGUACAAGAUGGUGUUCGAAGGUCUCUGGUCCCCACAAACACACCCGAAGGACUUCCCCGUGGCGGCUCUCUGGCUGACCCACUUCUCCGACAUCAUUGGCGCUACACAUCCCAAGAACUUCUCCUUCUGGGGCGAAGGACAGAUCGCUACCGAUGGAUUCAGAUCCUUAGCCGAGUGGGGCUCAGUAGGUCUGCUAGAACGAGAGCUUCGUCAGCAGGGCAAAGUGCUACGCUCCAUCAUCAAAGCUCAGGGCCUGUGGCAUCCACGCGUCAACUCCAACACCUCGACUGUGUUCACAGUCGACAGGAAGAGGCACUACGUCUCCCUUGCCUCCAUGUUUGGUCCGUCUCCUGACUGGGUGGUGGGAGUGAAUGGUCUCGAGCUGUGCAACAAGGACUGCACCUGGGUAGAGUCCAAGACCAUCGACCUGUUCCCUUAUGAUGCUGGCACUGACAACGGCAUCUCGUACAUGUCACCAAACUCGGAAACUGUGCCUCGCGAGAAGAUGUACCGGAUCACCACCAUGUACCCCGAGGAUCCUCGCGCUCCCUUCUACAACCCCAACGUGAAGGAGAUGAACCCCAUGGCCCGCUUAUAUCUCACCAGGGAUAAGCUCAUUCCUAGGUCCUGCGAUGAGGAGACUCUCCAGUCCCUUAUCGUUGAAGAGACUGAGAACACACAGUCAUCUAACCGACCGGAGUGCGCGGUGUCGGAGUGGAGCGCGUGGUCGGCGUGCUCGGUGUCGUGCGGCAAGGGUCUGCGCAUGCGCACGCGCGAGUACCGCAUGCCGCAGAAGGCCCAAAUGUUCUCCUGCGACCGCCAGCUCCUCUCCAAGGAGAUGUGCGUCGCCGAUGUGCCAGAGUGCGAGGACAACAGCGCAAACGAAGAAGAGGAGGAAUCAAACGCAGCUCCGAUCGAAGAGUUGGAGGGAGUGUGUAAAACGACGGAGUGGGGCCCGUGGAGCGAGUGCUCGGUGACUUGCGGCAUCGGCAUCAGCACCAGAAGGAGGAGCUUCCUCAACCACAUGGGCUACAAGAAGUGCCCUCUGGUGCCCACAGAGGAGAACCGCAAAUGCAUGGAGCCGCAGUGCACCGAGCAGGAGAGGGACGUGUCGGACCCAGCUUGUCCCACCACAGAGUGGGCGGGCUGGUCGCCGUGCUCUGCAUCGUGCGGGCGUGGCGUUCGAUUCCGUACGCGACUGCUUCUGGUGCCAGCCGAGCGCCAGCAGGACUGCUCCUCGAGGGUCGAGCUGCUGCAGCAACGACCUUGUCAGGAGCGCGAGGAUUGCUCCAUCGACAUGCUCACCGCUAAACGUAUAUGCAUGGAGCUGCCGGAGCAAGGGCCGUGCCGCGGGCUGUACCAGCGUUGGGCGUUCGUGGCAAUGAAGGGCAUGUGCAUCCCCUUCAACUAUGGAGGCUGUCGGGGCAACCAGAACAACUUCUUGACGCAGGAGGACUGCAUGAACACUUGCAAAGUUGUACUGGGUGGCGGAGCUUCAGUGGGCGUGAUCCCGCAGGGGAACCAGUUUGUCCCCGCGGCGAGCACCAACUACCCAGGCCUUACCAUCAGCUCUAUAGUGCCGGUACCUCCCGCGUUGAACGCACAACCAAAUGCCCCCCCAAGUGAGUGA